AUGAAGGCGUCGCUGCCUGCCUCGCCCAUACUGUCCCUGCUGGUUUCUCUGGUGCUGUUGGCAGAGGCCUCUGGCUUCGUUCCUUCCGUCGCCGCUAGAGGUGCCAGGACGAACUUGGCCUGUGGCCCGCCUGUGUCCCGUGAUGGUCGACCGAUUGCCACCACGGCGAUGUCGCUUGGCAAAGAUUGUAAUGCCGGCAUCCCUGCUGUCGUUGUCUCUUUUGGUCUGACGCCCCCGGAGAGACUGGCGGCGGAGCAAGCUGUGACAUCAGGUGCCAUGUUCCCGGCCGGGUUGCAUGUGGUCGACGGUUCAGCUACUGCUGCAACUGCGGAUAGCAGCACCCUGAGGGAGGCGAUUCUGAGAAGCUCGGGGCCAGCCGGCGAGCAUCCCCUCCCGCAGGCGCUGGUCGACGCCAUGGCGGACACCCACACCACUACACCCGCCCCCACCGCCAACAACAAGCCCAGCUCAGGUGCUGGUGUCUCCAGUGAUUUCAUGCCCAACCUGUGGUUGGUGCUACAGUCACCGACCAGCCUGCCUCCCGCUGAGGCGGAAGGACUCCCUGACUGGCUUGCCUUGUCGAUGAUGGAGGCGCUUGACGCUUGCGAGUCCGUCCCGCCGGCGAUCGUCUCCUGCGUUCCUCCUCCUCCUCCUCCAUCGCCAGCAUCAGCCUCAUCAUCAUCGUCGUUGUCGCCGCCGCCGGUGUUGUCCUUCGACGCUGCGCUGCUGGACAUGCCUCUGGUUGACUUGUGGAGGCGAGAGGCCAGGCGCCACUUCGCCGAGAACGGCCUAUCCGAGCCGCUGAAAGUGCACGAGACCGAGUGGUCUCCCUCGAGCCGGGGUGUGAACGUGGCGAUGAAUCUUGAGUUGGACGGGUCGUGGGUACCCUCGUCAAAUGCCCCGGGAGGGGAACGGUGGGACACAAGCAAGCUGGUGGUGUUGGACGGUCUUGUGGACGAGGACCUCUGCAGAGAGUUGCUCGAUCUAGUCACAGAGCCUGGAUGGGCCACGAAACCACCACCAGUGCCGGCGACACCGGGAGCGACGGCGGCAGCGCUAUCGCUCGAUCAGCCGACAUCUGGCAACGGGGGAACGCCGGUACGAGAACGGCCACCGCCGUCCAAGUGGGAGCGGGGUCUGACCGAUGUGGACGAGGAGGAGGAGGGGGGGGAGGGGGUGGGAGGGAGAGGGGCGGGGACAGGCAGCUGGGGCUUGACGGAGGAGGCCAUGGAAUGGUUGUGCCGCGACGGGGAGCACCCGGCGAUUGUGGAGCUCCAAUCCAGGCUGUGCAAGCUCUACCCGGACUUCGAGAUAUCGCACAUGCCCGAGGCGGUCAUGGGUUCCAGCACCGCACGUAUGGUGGCCAACGCGCCCGUUUACGGCGACCGUUUUUCGUGGCACGUCGACGCGGACCCGGCGGCCUUUCCGCCGUCGCCCUGGCGGGAUCACUUCGGGACCUACACCAACAGGCGCGUGCAUCGAGCUGUUUUUGCCGACUUAGCUGUGAUACAGUGCGGACCGGUCUCCAAUGUUGGCGCCCAGCUCUGUCUGGAGCCGGGGAUGCCUCUCUUCGCGACGCUGCUGAUUUACCUCGACGCGGACUGGCGGAGGGAGUGGGACGCGGAGACGCUCUUCCUCGACCCCCCUACCGGAACCGGGGUGUUUGUUAGGCCGAGGGCGGGGCGGGCCAUCGUAAUGGAUCAGGACGUCACGCACCGGAUUUCCACUCCAUCCCAGACGGCAAACCGACCACGGUACAGCCUCGUCCUGAAGCUCAUCUUCUUCUCGAAACAGCACGGGCGCUACGACAAUCGCUCACCUUCUUCACCGUUUCCCGGAAAAACGAAAACCGCUUCCGGUUCCACCCCCGAUUCGGCGGCGGCACCUCACGGAGCCCCCGGUGUUUCCCAUGCGCCGCCAGAGCCGUGCAUUUCCUCCCUGUCGGCCCUUCGAGCCAAGAGCGACAAGUCACAGAGGGGCGGCCGUGUGAGGUUUGGGUCCGCUUCUGAAUCAUCGCCUAAGCGAGCGCGUCCCUCGGGGAGGUCAUCGUCUCCCGAGAGCUACCCCCCCGCCACGGCGCCGGUGCCACCACCGCCUUUCCAGGGUGAUCCUGCUGCCUCUGCCGGUGGUGUCGAACCUUUGGAUGCGGAAUCACCGUUGGUGGAAGUGAGGCCCGUUGGGGCCAAGGGGAAGGGGCUGCCUAUCGCCAAAGGCGUACCCGUUGCGUUUUACUCGGGGGAAGUGCUGACGGCCGAGCAGCUGGACGACCGAUAUCCCGACUUCGAAGGCUCGGACUAUGUCAUGCAGCUGGGCCCGGACCGAUAUCUAGACGCGCGGGACCCGGAAAAGUCUAGCAUCGCCAGGUGGGAUUGA